GUGUACAGAGAUAUAUAUACCUGGAGGGACUUGCUUUCCCUCAGCGCGUGACAGGACAGUGCUGAGUGUACACAUCGACCUACAAGAUACCUGCCCACACCAACAUGGCAGAUCCACUGACAAUAACCAUUAACGGCCAACAAUAUGAAGUUGGGUCAGACGUGAGCGCCUCCACCCGCCUUGCCAGCUUCCUGAAGGCGCAGGGGCUGCCAGGAACCCACACCACCUGCUACGAGGGUGGCUGCGGCGCCUGUAUCGUCGUCGCCUCCGUCACCAACCCUGCCACGGGCAAGAAGAUGACUCAGGCGGUCAACAGUUGCUUGGUGCCAGUGUUGGGGUGCCUGGGGUGGGAGGUGACGACGGUGGAGGGUCUCGGGAACAGGUUCGAUGGUUACCACGUCAUCCAGGAGCGUCUGGCUGACUACAACGGCACCCAGUGUGGCUACUGCUCCCCCGGCAUGGUCAUGAGUAUGUAUGGGCUGACCCAGAGCCAGGCCUCGUGGACCCCGGAGGAGGUGGAGCACCAUCUCGACGGCUCCAUCUGUCGGUGCACAGGCUACCGACCCAUCCUCGACGCCUUCAAGUCCAUCACAGUCCAGGAUAUAGAGGACUGGCACUCAGCCCCGUGUCCGAGGACAGGUCUGGCCUGCAAGGGCGACUGCCGGCCCCACCAGAAGGCGGGAGGGAAGGUCGCCUGCCAGCAGCGCCUGCCAAGGACGCUCCAAGUGAAGGGCUCCACAUGGCACGAGCCCUCCACCCUACAGGAGCUGUACGACACUCUGGCAGCACUCCCAGACGGUACGCUAUACACUCUCGUGUCUGGCAACACUGGGCAAGCUGUGUUCAGCCCGGGGUCCAUCAAUGACUACAUAUACACCCGACAUAUCCCUGACCUUUCACAAGUGAAGGUGGCUGAAGAUGGCCUCGUCUUCGGCGCCAACGUCUCCAUCAGUGAGGUCAUGGCCAACAUGGAGACAGCAGCCUCCACAUACAGCGCCGGGUACGCUUACCUGCUGCAGCUGGUGCAGAUGUGGCGGUACCUCGCAUCCACCUCCCUCAGAAAUAUGAGCAGCUGGGCCGGCAACCUGUCCCUCAAGGUCGCCCACCCGGACUUCCCCUCAGAUCUUUUUGUUGGACUUCUGGGUGCCGGAGCCACCAUCACCACAGCCGGUACAGAUGGGGUUACGGCUACACACACAGUCGAGGAACUGCUCCAGAUUGACCUGAAGGGCGAGCGCCGAGUCAUCCUUGAGAUGAGUCUUCCUCCUAUGGCUGAGGACGAAGUGUUUAGGGUGUUUAAGGUGACUCCGCGUGUGACCAACAGCGUGGCAUAUGUCAACGCCGCCUUCAGGCUGCGGGUGGACCAGGCCAACGCCCACACAGUCCUCGACACACCUGUCAUCGUCUACGGCGGCAUCAGUCCCAACUUCGUGCGCGCUACAGCAACGGAGGCAGCGCUGGCAGGCCAGAGCUUGGAGGACGAAGCAACACUACAGUCCGCGUUUACUGCUCUGGCCUCCGAGGUGGUUCCUCUCGAUGAUCCUGCAGCCUCUUCCCCAGAGUACAGGCUGGCCCUCACCCAGAACCUUCUUUACAAGACUGUGCUGGGAAUAAUUGGAGCAGCAGCAGGAGCGAGUGUGGCCAGCGGCGCCACCGUCCUCCAGCGACCGCUCUCCAGCGGACAACAAAUCUUUGACCCGAACUCUGACGUCUGGCCCCUGGCCGAGGCCGUCCCUAAGCUCGAGGCCAAGAUCCAGUGUAGUGGGGAAGCCGAGUACGUGUCCACUGUUCCCACACAGCCUGGAGAGGCAGUCGGUAUGUUCGUCACCUCCACUGAAGCCAACGCUCGUAUCGUCAGUAUCGACGCUUCUGCGGCUCUGGAGGUGCCUGGCGUGCUCGCCUUCCUGGGAGCGGCGGACAUCACUGGCCAGAACAACAUCAAGGUCUUCGCUUGGUCCUCGCCUGAGCCGCUGUUCCCCGAGGAGCGGGUGUUGUACUAUGGGCAGCCCCUGGGGGUCCUGGUGGCCACUGACCGUGGAGCCGCCUCUGCUGGCCUGAGUGCCAUGAAGGUCACCUAUGACGAUAUCCAACCUCCUGUGCUUACCAUUCAGGAAGCUCUGAAGCUGCCUCUUCCUCCAGACCAGUAUCCACCCAUCGAGCAGGGAGAUGUGCAAGCUGGUUUUGCUGCCUCCAGCACCAUCAUCGAGGGCUCCGUCAGCCACGACAGUCAGUACCACUUCCACAUGGAGUCACAGGUGUGUUUGGCCACGCCCACGGACAUAGGUCUGGACAUCCUCUCCAGCAGCCAAUGGGCCUCGGAAACUCAGAAGGUCGUGGGUCAAGUCCUCAACCUCCCGGACAACAAGAUUAAUGUGACGGUGAAGCGCAUCGGUGGAGGUUUCGGAGGGAAGAUUGAUCGUUGCAAUAUUAUUGCAUCAGCGGCCGCCCUCGCCGCCCAGAAGGUCCGUCGGCCCGUUAGGAUAUCCCUUGACCUUAGCACCAACAUGACUGCGAUUGGCUGGCGGGAACCUUUCCUCUGUACCUACAAGGUGGGAGUGGACGACGCAGGGCUACUGCAGGCGGUGGAGGCAACGCUGACGAGCGACGCUGGGUCCUGGAACACCCCCAACAGCUCUGCUUACGCUGCUUUCUCCCUCCCCAGCUGCUACACCUGCCCCAACUGGCUGCUCACCCCUCAGUACGUCCUCACCAACACGGCCGCCAACACUGCCUGUCGGAGUCCAGGCACGGUAGAGGGCAUUACCUUCAUGGAGAACAUAAUGGACCAGGUGGCAGACGUUCUGGGAGUCGACCCCCUGCAGUUCCGGCAGCAGAACCUGCUUCCUGACGGAGGCUCCAGGAAGAUCAACAAGGGCGUGAUGAGACUACGGAGCCACAUGACCUUACAUGAAAUGUCGAAAAUACCAGAGGAAAUCAUAGUUCCCAGAAAUCUCCUCUCGGACAUGAUUGAGCAGAUUAAGGUAACGGCUGAUGUGGAGAGUCGGAAGACAGAUAUCACCCAGUUCAACAAGGAGAACCUGUGGAAGAAGCGGGGUCUGGCAGUGAUGCCCAUGUUGUGGCCAUACGGCGUGAACCUGGUGAUGCCCUUCAGUGCCAUGGUCGCUGUGGACGCUCACGAUGGCACCGUGACAAUCUCUCACGGUGGCACUGAGAUGGGGCAGGGUAUCAACACUAAGACAGCCCAGUGUGCCGCGUAUGAGCUCGGUGUUCCUCUGGAGUAUGUGAGCGUAAUGCCCACCACAACCCACACCAACCCCAACUCCACCUGCACUGGGGGCUCAACUGGCUCCGACACUGCUAGCUACGUGGUGGCCGAGGCAUGCAAGAUGAUCAAGGAGCGAUUGGAAGCCGUCAAGGAAGCAAUGGGCGGCGGAGACGUAUCGUGGCAGGAGCUGGUGCUCACAGCCUACAACCAGGGCGUGGAUAUCUCCCAGAGAUACGUGAAUGGAGUGGACGAGGUGAAGGGUUACAGCGUGUUCGGUGUGGCGUGUACAGAGGUGGAGCUGGACCUGCUGACUGGACAAUACCUGGUUCUGCGGACGGACAUCCUAGAGGACGCGGGCCGCAGCCUCAGCCCCCUGGUGGACAUCGGACAGGUGGAGGGAGCAUUCAUCAUGGGCCAGGGACUCUUCUUAACUGAACAACCACUCUAUAAUCCAUCUACCGGCCAGAGGCUCACUGACAGCACCUGGAACUACAAGCCGCCCAUGGCUCUCGACAUUCCAGUGGACCUGAGAGUGACUUUCCUGCAAAAUGCUCCCAACCCGAUCGGCGUCCUCUCCUCCAAAGUGACGGCAGAGCCUCCGCUGAGUCUGGCGUACUCCAUCAUAAUGGCUCUACGCCAGGCGCUGACCAGCGCCCGCCUGGACGCCGGCACCCCGGGCUGGUUCCAGAUGGACGCUCCCCUCACCGUGGAGAAGCUGCAGAGACUGGCUCUGGUGGACCCCAGUCGCCUCACCCUCAAUUAAGCCUUCCUCUGAACCUCACAUUUAAAAAGAUUUUGCCUCACCACAAGAGUCGAACCCUGGCAACCAACAUAACUUGUCGAAGACUAUGCUCAUUGGUCUCUGAAAGCUUUAAAUUUCCAAUGCUUUAACUUUCAAUAAAUCACAGAAAAUUUAACGUUUGGGUUGAAAAUGUUAAUGUUGUGAGGUAUUAAGUGUGAGGACAGGUUGGUCAGUGACAGGUGAGGGCUAGGACGCCGGGUGCUCCUGUUACAUCAUUGACGGGGGUUGGAGUACACACGUGUACACACCUGUGGACACCUGAAGGACUAACUCUUCAUGAAUACUGCCUUCAUGAAUUCACCUUUGAAAAUCACAGCCAAGACUACGGGGAGCUUAGUAAAGAUGACUGUCGUUGUGGCCACAAGACCUUGCUGUUAAUAUUGCUGAGCUAAAACUAUUUAAGCGCAUUAUCGUACUACAUGCCUACAGUCAUAGUGUACUCUCCCAUACAAGAUUUGAGUUCUAAAUAUAGUCAAAAUAAUAUUGUACUUAAUAGCAAAUGAGCGUUAAAUGUCUACACAUUCAAGUGCUGAGUUCACGGCUUGAAUAAAAAAACAACAGCAGUAACAAUAAUCAUAAUAAUAAUAAUAAUAAUAUAAUAUUAUUAUUAUUAUUAUUAUUAUUAUUAUUAUUAUUAUUAUUAUUGUUAUUAUUAUAAACAAAAACAAUAAUAAAAAUAUAUAAUAAUAAUAAUAAUAAUAAUAAUAAUAGUAAUUACAAAGAAAUCACACUAACGAGAUAUAUAUCAAUGAGAAAAUCAGUUGGAGCUCUUAAGUGACUCGAACCCUCGGCCAAAAUACUUUCAGCAACAAUCUCUACCACUGGCCCACCCCGACCUAAUAAAAGUUAUACAACCUGGGAUUGAUAGGAAGUUUGGAGGGCUCUCUUUAAGUCCUACUAAGUUUUAUAUAUAACCCCCAGGCUCCCAGGUAUGGUUAAAGUAGGUCAACACCCCAACAUGAAUUACAUAUAUUUACCUGAGGUCCACUAACCCUAGUGGCCUCGACGAAGACAGGCGGCUUGUCGAAGGAACCCCACCCCCCUACCAUUUGCCUUAAUGAUAUUUUCUGUGUAUAUUUUAAACUCAACACAGUUUAGGCAUUUAUAGCUUCAGCGAGUAGAUGGUUUCACUGGGGUUUCUAACCCUGUGUGUGAAAAAGAAUCUCCUGUUCUCAAUCUUCCAUUGUGGCUUGUUGUGCUUGAAACCGUUGCUAACUCUUUGAGUAACAUCUGACGUUUUGAAGAAAUUUUCUGGAU